AUGAACGCGUCGAUUUCCUUCCUGGAUGGCACUUACAGCCUCAUCCACAUCCCAUUGGACAUCUACGGCGCACUCCUCCAGCCUAUACUGCAAGUCCUAUUGCCUCACGAUGCCGCGGAUGAUCCCGCAGAGGGAUUCGACAAUCUCACCAUCGACGGCAAGCAUAGCUUCUUGAACAUCAGCAUAACCCCUGUCGAGUGCUCCGUGGUAUGCCACAGCGCGCUGACAAAGGAUGUCUUUGAGCCUGCACUCCGGCGCCUUCCUGCCGCCGUGGCAAGCCGGGUCACGAUAUCUAAAGACACAUAUCUGAUCCUGUCGGUCAUCAACGCCGGCAUGGACGCCGGCAGCCGGGUAUCCGAACUGACGUCGCCCUUGGCCAUGGCCAACAUCCCCAUCUUCUUCAUCACCACCUACUACUCUGAUUUCAUCCUGGUACCAAGCAAGGAUCGAGAAAGCGUGCUCCAGGCACUGAUAGCUAGGAACUUUGAGUUUUCCGAGGACGGCGCGGCCUAUGUGUCGGCAGGGCCCGCCGUCCACAGCCCGCGGACGAACGGCAAACCUCCGUCUACGCCGCCGCCGUCCACGGUCGCCGAGCUGCAGGUACGCACAUUUGCACUCCUCAAGAAGCGCAAGGUUGUGCCAUACAUAGUGGACGGUCUGGCUCUGGUGCAAUGUGCUGGGCGCGAGGAGUCGCACUACGUAGACUACACCCACCGCCCUACAUUCAACCGGUCUGCUACUGGCAAUGGCUUCAAGAGCACGUGGCUCGACAGCAUCGACACUCGGCUAUACACCAGCCUGAUCGCUGUCCUCGCCAUGCAGCCAAAGUUUCUGUCGUUCACCUUGGCCCAGGAGGACCCGCCAUCGUUGCUAAUGGACAAGACCCUGGUUCCGAUCUUUGGCAACUCUCUGAACGGGGAUGUCGAGGGGAACCUGGUCCCCAUUGUGCUCGACCUGGUUGACUUGCCUCUCGAGGCGACGGGUAUUGUGUCUGGAGUUGCUGGGAAGCUCGUCAUUGAGAUGAACCAGCUGGGGACCGAGAUUGGCCGGGAGCUGGUGUACUUGUCAACGGCACGAGCGGGCACUGUCAUUCUGUCUGGCGAGACUGCGGCCAAGGCUUUAGAAGUGCUGAAAAGUCAUCUCACUCAGGAGGGGUAG